AUUUAAAGGAUCACAAUUUAUUGUGAUAUCAUUAAAAGAAGAAUUAUUUAAUAAUGCUAAUGUUUUGUUUAUUGCAAGAUUUAGAGAUGCUACAUCAAUUGUCGAAGUAAGUGGUUUAUAA